CCAGAAGCCAUUCGUCUCUUUCUCCUCUUACCGUUCCGCGGGUUCUAAACCCUAAUCCUAGAGCCUGGGAACGACGUUCCGCGGGUUCUAAACCCUAACCCUAGAGCCUGGGAACGAAGGGUCGCUCUCGUCAUCUCGGAGGCCCAGGCCAUGGCGGAGCCGCGCAAGAGGUGCUUCUACGAGAUCCUCGGCGUGAGCCGCGACGCCUCCCAGGAGGAGAUCCGCUCCGCCUACAAGCGCCUCGCUCUCCAGCUUCACCCCGACAAGGCCAGCGACAGAUUUAACAUUAACUCUCAGCUUGAGCAUCUGCAAGCCAAGUAUGUUGGAACAGGGCAUGCGGACUUGUCUAGAUUUGAAUGGGCAGUAAACAUUCAGCGGGACAGCUAUGCAUCCUAUAUUGGUCACUAUCCCAUGUUAGCAUACUUUGCUAUAGCGGCAAAUGAAUCAAUUGGGCGAGAGUGCUACAAUUUCAUGCAGAAAAUGUUGUUGCCGUGUGGUCUUCCUCCACAGCGGGAUGAAGAUUGAGGUGCUCGUAGUUUCGAUUUCAAGCUUGUCCGUGUCGGUCCUCUUCCUGUAGUCGGUGCUUCCCAUUGCAAAGAAAGUGAAGAGCAAAAAGAUUGCCUAUCAGCCACUUGAUGAUCUUUUCUUUCUUCUUCUACAUUUUUUCUUUCAGUGGUGUUAUUGAGAGGAUUGCCGCGAGCGUGCGUUCUAAACUUACACAACAUGUUUAUUUUUUCUUUGUGGCAAGAAUGUGUUAAGCUACUUAUCUAAAGCAGAACAGUAUGAGAAACAUCAACUCGAGGUCCUCGAGGCGCAUACUAUUAUUGAUAUUAAAACUAAAUUUGAUCUGAUAGAAGGAGAGUUUGAUGGAAAUUUAUAUUUCAA